GGAAUACUCUUUCGUCUUCCCUGUUGACAGAAAUCUAUUGUGAUACCCCAUCAGGCCAGUUCUGGAGGAACCACCAGGGGACCGUUUAUAUCACGUGAUUUUAUCAGUGCCAAGAUUUCAACCGCAACUUUUUUAUCUCGUCGACUCGAGCGACUCCAACCCCCCGCCGAGCAGAGAACCGCUGCUGCCAUCUCAUCAGAGUUCCUCUUUUCGUAUAUAAUAGAGAGCGUCGUUUUCAUUCGCCGUUCAAAAUGCCCCAGAACGAGUACAUCGAACGCUUCCAGAAGCAGCACGGCAAGCGGCUGGACCACGAGGAGCGGACGCGCAAGCGCCAGGCCCGUGAAUCCCACAAGCAGUCGAAGGAUGCCCAGAAUCUACGCGGUCUGAGGGCCAAGCUGUACCAGCAGAAGCGUCAUGCGGAGAAGAUCCAGAUGAAGAAGCGCAUCCGCGCCCAGGAGGAGAAGAACGUCAAGUCCUCGGCACCCGACGAGCCUUCCAAGACCCCGCUGCCCAACUACCUGCUCGACCGGUCGCAGGCGACAAACGCCAAGGCCCUGUCGAGCGCCAUCAAGGACAAGCGUGCCGAGAAGGCGGCCAAGUUCGCCGUGCCCCUGCCCAAGGUCAAGGGUAUCAGCGAGGAGGAGAUGUUCAAGGUUGUCAACACGGGCAAGAAGACUCACCAGAAGUCCUGGAAGCGCAUGAUCACCAAGCCCACUUUUGUCGGCAACGAUUUCACCCGGAGGCCCGUCAAGUUCGAGCGCUUCAUCAGACCCAUGGGUUUGCGUUACAAGAAGGCCAACGUCACACACCCCGAACUCGGCGUCACCGUCCAAUUACCCAUCCUCUCCGUCAAGAAGAACCCGCAGAACCCGCUGUACACGCAGCUGGGCGUGCUCACCAAGGGCACCGUCAUCGAAGUCAACGUCUCGGAACUUGGCCUCGUCACCACGAACGGCAAGGUUGUCUGGGCCAAGUAUGCCCAGGUGACCAACGAUCCCAGUCUGGACGGCACUGUCAACUGCGUCCUUUUGGUCUAGAUCACUACCGAAUCUUUUCUCUCCUGUUUAUUUUGGGUUUCAGGCCGGCGUUCUGGAGCAUGCAUGCCAUAUGACUGUUGCACGACGGAUAAAAAGUAGUAGUUUCUCAUAGCUAGUUAGUUGCAAUAGAUCAAACGAUGAAGCGUACAUAUCCAAAUGCAUGUUGAAUCUACUUGUACUCUUACUAGAUAUUAUGACUUGG